AUGUUGCGGCGUCCAUUCGCGUCUGCCUAUGAGCAUUAUUCAUCUGACUCUCCCAUGCAACUCGCAUUGCCUCACGUCCAUCUUUUAUGUUUCUCUUGCUACUGUCUCACAUCCACAUCCAUGCGCCAGCGAACUUUGCCUGCUCCCGUUCUCCACCCCCCCCUUCCCCCCCACUCCUCUUCAAGGAACAUGGCUUUGAUGGUUGAUGAAGUGGUGAUGGCGACAGCAUCUCUGCUCACAGUCAUGGUGACUGCUGUUGUGACAAUGACCAUGACUGUUCUCCUCAGCGAGAGUCCUUCCUCCAUGAACAACAGCAUGAUUCAGCAUGCGAAGUCACUCAGUGUGUCCAUUCGCGUGCUCAACACUUGGGUUCACAUGCUGUAUUCGAUUGUAGCCUUUGUGGUACUGCUGCUCUGGUGCAUGGGUGUUUCUCUCGCACAAGCCAGGGCGUGGCUGCAUAAACACGGCUUGGCCGUGAAACCUUGGUUGACAAAGCUGAUGAUGUCAGCCACUUCAUUCAUGUUGGUGGUGACAGGGGCAGCGUUGAGAAGGGAAUUGGCAGAAGUGAAGAGUCAGCUAGCAGGAACAGAGAGGGAGAUGGCUGAACACAGGCAGCACACAUUGAAGCUUGAGGAGUCUCUCUCCCAUUGCGAGCAGGAGUGCAAAACCACAUUGGAAGGCGUGAAAAAGGAACUGGCAGCAGUGAAGAGUGAGUUAGCAGGAUCAAAGAUGGAGGUGGCCGUGUACAGGGAGUGCGUUUCAAAGCUUGAAAAGUCCCUUGAGCAAUGUGGGGAAGGAAGCAAACAAACAUGGGAGGCAAUUCUGUUGGCAUGGAGUAAAGAUUCACCUUUUCGGACAACACUGGAAUUGAAGAAUCUUUCCAGCAUCUCAGACACUGCCCUCCACUACGCAUCAGCCAUGCCUUGCCUAACUCUGAUUGAUCUUGACAAGUCCUCUGGCUUCACUGCAGAGGGGAUGAAGCACAUCUUCAAGCUGUCACAGCUGCAGCGGUUAUCUCUUCGAACGAUGGCAGUUUCUGAUGAAUACUUGGAAGGCAUUGGGGCAGUGAAAAGUCUUCAACAUCUUUCCCUCACCAACAGCAAAGUGACGGAUGCCGGUCUGCAGAAUUUGACAGGUCUUUCGCUCAAAACGUUGGAGCUCAAUGCCUGCCAGGGUAUCACAGCUGCUGGCAUGGCGCAUGUGGGCAGGCUGACAAGCCUUGAGAGUCUGCUUUGGGGGGAUGUAAACACAGGAGGUGAUGGCUUGCAGCAUUUGUCAUCCCUCAUCAAUCUGAAGUUGCAUGUGCUGCCACCUGGGAUUACAGAUUCAGCCAUGGAGCAUGUGAGGCACUUGACUGCCUUGCAGCAUUUGGACAUGACAGCAUCUGCAGUUACUGAAGACGGAGUGAAGUGGCUGAAGAGCCUGCCUUUGCUGUCAUAUGUAAGAACAGAUCAGGAGGAUCUGCAGAAGCGGUUGAAGGCUGCCCUUCCUCGAGUGACAGUUAGUAGUGAUCUCCUGCCUGGUACCUGUGUGGUGGUGUGA